AUGACCAAACUCCUCGUCGUAGUGGGAGCCACAGGCAUGCAAGGAGGUUCCGUCAUCAACUGGUUCCAGCAACAUGAAUCAACCUGGAGAAUCCGAGGCCUUACCCGCGACCCAUCAUCGGCAGCCGCCUCUGAUUUGGCCAAAUCUGGCAUCGAGAUGGUCAAAGCAGAUCUCUUCGACCUGGACUCCCUCCAGGCCGCUUUCAGGGGCGCCAACUACAUCUUCGCCUUCACGGACUUCGGUGCGCUGAUGAAAGGCGCACUGGCUAGGUUCCAAGCAGGCGAGAUAGCCGCGCCCAUUGGCGCUGAGACGUACAGGUUGGAAGCCUCGCAAGGACGCAAUAUAGCUGAUGCCGCUGCCACGGUCCCGGAACUGGAGAGGCUGGUCUUCAGCACAGAGCCGAAUGUCAAGAGGUUGAGUGGUGGGAAGUACGAGCAUGUCUACCAUUUCGAUGCCAAGGCUGCUGGGUUGGAGUAUAUGCUCGGUCUCGACGCACUGAAGGGCAAGGUCAGUGCGGUCAUGCUGGGAGUCUUCGUGGCAAGUGUGAAGAAGAUACAGCAUUUGUGGGGCCUCAAGAUGGUUGACAGGAUAGCUGUGUGGUCGCCACCUUUCGAAGCGGAUCUACCACUGCCGUGGGUGGAUGUGCAGAGGGAUCUGGGCUCAUUCGUGGAAGCCUUGAUUCGUACAUCUGCGCCCACGCAGGUGUUUGUGGUCAGUGAGUGGCUGAGUGGACAGCAGUGGCUGGACCAAUGGACCAAGGUUACGGGUGUGCAAGCUCGAUAUGAGGCCGGCAUGAGUUUGCACGAGCGGGUUGACAAGGAUCCCACUGGUCUAUCGUUGCACUUCUCGCAGACGAUGAGGUACAUCGAGGAUUUUGGAUAUACUUGUGGCGAUCCGAGUGUAUUGAUGCCCGAAGAGCUCGAAGCAAAGGGCUGUUCGGUCCAUCGAACUGGCGUCGCCGACUACAUAGAUCGUGAGAGCUGGUCGGAGAUCGUACGUCAAGCCUCGUGA